GCGUUUGUAACAAACACGAGAGUCAAAGCGUCUCCAAGACGCGUAUCUCACACACUACAACACUUAUUAUAUAUACUGCAGAUACCAAACUUAGAAAUAUAUAAGCACAUCAAGAAGACGGAGUUUCAGACUGUAUACGAUUUGAAUCGAUGACGAUGAUGGAUCCUCCUGAUGCAGAUCUCUCCGAUCGUACCGGAUCAAUCGUGAUUCGUUCGGUCUGGGCUGAGAAUCUCGACUCUGAGUUUGAGCUGAUUAGCCGAAUCGUCGAAGAUUUCCCCUUCAUCUCCAUGGACACCGAGUUUCCCGGCGUUAUUCACAAGGCGGAGCCAGCUCUUCUCCGCCGUGGAAACCCCGGUUAUCUCUACAACCUUCUCAAAUCCAACGUCGACUCUCUCAGCCUCAUCCAAGUCGGCCUCACUCUCUCCGACGCCGACGGCAACCUCCCCGAUCUCGGCGGCGACGGGCGUCAAUUCAUCUGGGAGUUCAACUUCCGCGACUUCGACGUGGACCGCGACCCCCACGCGGCGGACUCGAUCGAGCUCCUCCGCCGUCACGGGAUCGAUUUCGAGCGUAACCGCAGCGAAGGGGUCGUGUCGGAGAGGUUCGCGGAGCUGAUGAUGUCGUCGGGGCUGAUCUGCAACGAGUCGGUGAGCUGGGUGACGUUUCACAGCGCGUACGAUUUCGGUUACCUGGUGAAGAUCCUCACGCGCCGGGAGCUUCCGAGCUCGCUGGGAGAGUUCCUCCGGCUGCUCAGGGCGUUUUUCGGCGAGAGAGUUUACGAUGUGAAGCACAUGAUGAGGUUCUGCGAGAGGAGAUUGUACGGCGGUUUGGACCGGUUGGCUCGGUCGCUUGAGGUUAACCGGGCGGUUGGGAAGUGUCAUCAGGCCGGUUCGGAUAGCUUGCUGACGUGGCAUGCGUUUCAGAGGAUGAGGGACUUGUACUUCGUUGAGGAUGGGCCGGAGAAACACGCCGGAGUUUUGUACGGUUUAGAGGUUUUUUGAAAUGGGGGCUAUUAUUGGAAUUUAAACUAAUCAACUUCAGUUUAAUAAUACAGCAUAAUGCACAUUUGAUUUA